AUGCGACUCGACAUUAACGAAGAAGAAAACCUCGCGCGGAUGCGGCGUGGCGAGCUCUAUUACGCCUUUACUCCGCAGCUCGUGGCCGCCCGGAAACGAUGCGCACGGGUGGUCAGCCGAUUCAAUAGUGCAGGGGAGCUAAGCCGACGAGAAGUCGCAGAAUACUGGAAAGAAAUAACAAAUGACAACAAACCACUCCCACCAGCAUCCACAUCCACAACCACAACCACAACCACAGAAGAAGACGAAGACGCCGUCCUGCACGCCUAUCCCUGGCUCGAACGACCCAUCAACAUCGACUACGGCACAAACAUCAGCGUCGGAAGCGGGGUUUUUAUUAAUUUCAAUUGCACAUUCGUCGACACCUGCCAGGUCUCUAUAGGAUCCCGAACCCUGGUCGGCCCGAACGUGUCGUUUUUCAGUGGCACGCACCCCCUGGAUCCAGACUUGCGCAAUGGCACCAAUGGGCCCGAGAUGGGCGCGUAUGUUACCGUCGGCGAGGAUUGCUGGAUUGCCGGAGGUGUGGUUAUCUUGCCCGGGGAUGUUCCAGCAUAUCACGUAGCGGCAGGAAACCCUGCACGGAUUCUUCGGAAAGUGGAGCGGAAAUACAAAGCGGAACAGGAGAAUCGUCAGAUCGAGAGUCAGCAGAGAUAA